AUGAGGCCACACAAGACCAUCCAACUAUUGCAGCAGAAAUUACACUUGGCUCUCCGUUGUAUCGAAGAGCUUGAUCCGCCAGCACAGCUGGGCAGAUGGUUCUUCCUGGGUGUGAUUCCCGACAGCUACGGCGGGCAAGACAGAUGGGUGCCAGCCUGCCUCAAGGGUACGACGAGGAAAGCACUAGUGCCAGUUUUAUUCUAUUAUUUGGACCACUAUGCUCCCCUAUCCAUCCCGCUCAUAUGUGAUGUAUAUGACAACAAGAUCUCCAUUUCCUUGGUUCAGCCCCUGACCAUCCUGGUCUUUCCGGGGCUGAACAAGGCAAAAUCUCGCAUAUUAACAGUGUACGACUAUUUCAACACCGUCACAAACGAGUUCAUCUGGGCGGAUACGCCCGAGCAAGACUUCCCUCUCCCUCUCCGCCAGAUCCCUCUCUACAGAGAGUCCCUCAUCGAAGACACAGACCUCACAGGGAGCUACACACGAGGCGAGCGGCCCAUCAUACCUUUGUGCUCCAUGAAGGUGGGAUUUGUCGACUUGCUGUUCCUAUGGCCUGUGGGUCUGCAGAAACCUUGUCGGUACCUAUGUGCGAACUGGAAGGUCGUCCACCGUCCCCAUCCCAUGGGCAAGGUCGCCGUGCGACCCUUCGAAGGUGAAGACGGCUGCACCGUGAUAACCGCAGAGGAAGGACUGGAGGAACACUAG